AUUUUAGUUUACUUGUGUUUACGGGGCUGCUUGGGUGGUGGCGGUAGUAUUUCUGGCUUUAGAGGAGGAUAAAAACAGGAAAAUGUCGCCAAAAAACAAAAAAAAGGAAUCGCCUAGAAAACAGCUGGACAUCACAUUAUUCCUCUCUUCACAACCCAAGUCAGCAAAGAGAGCAAGAGAAGAGGAAUCUAGUGGCCAGAGUCGGGACCAGAAUGAAGUGCACUCUCCCAAUAAAAGGAUAAAGCAAGUAGCUAAAAGCAUUAAACAGGAAGCGACUAAAAGCAUUAAACAGGAAGCAGCAAACAUUAACAAAACUAAAAAGAAAUCUGCCAACAAUAAUAAUAACAACAACAAUAAUAAUAACAAUAACAGUGCUGAAGCAGAGGGUCUUAAGACACAAGCAAGUCCCAACAAGUCCAAGAAAUUGGUAAAAACUGAAAAGAUAGACAAGUCAAAGUUGGUAAAAAAGGAGGCAAAUAAGACUUCAUUGAACAAUGUAAAAGCAGAAAAUAGUCGCCUUAUUAUUGUACCUGAUGAAGAGGGUGAGGUCAUUGGUCCUUACAACGUUGAGGAAAUAAUAGUGCCUGAAGUGCUUGACAGAGUAACUGCACCAGAAGUAGAACCAAACACUCCAGCUCAUGAUGGAGCGAGUAUCGUGUCGCACGAUGCUAGCAGUAUCACUGAAACAGGCAGUGAUAGGGAUAAUAUUAACCUGGAUAAGGAUGGUAAUGAUUUGGACAUUGAUAGCCCAGACAGUCCUGACGAGGAUCCUUCAACUCUUCCAUCUCAGAAGGUUACAGUAUUGCGAUCCAAUUCAGCAAAUAAGGAGGGUAAAAAGAAAAGCUUUAAAUGCAAAGGCUGUGAUCAGGUGUUUCCAAAUCGGUACUUCCUGCAGAAACACAUGCUGAUGGAACAUGAAAACCAGCUUUAUGAAUGUCGCGUGUGUUCCUUCAUUUCUGUGAACCCAGAGAAGUUAAAGAGCCAUAUAAUCAAGCAGCAUGUUAUAAAAAAGGAGCGUGCUGAGCCAGUAUCACUGGAUGAAAUUCAGGUCACCUUAAAUGAGCUCAUGUCGAAACAAACACCUCGGAAAGUCAUGAUGGAGGAUGGGGUAGCUCUUGGACGUGAUGGUAGCAACAAGAUGCAGUUCAUUUGUGCAAUGUGUGAUCGUGUAUAUACCAGUAAAUAUUCACUUGAGCGACAUGUUCGAUGCCACACAGGAGAGAAACCAUACUCGUGUGAUGUUUGCACCUUUGCUACUAGUUACCGAGAGCACAUGCAGCGCCACAUGACUAGUGUUCACCUUAUCGUACAUUCAGAUGAGCCUAAACUUAAAUAUGCAGCCAAGAAUCGAAGGAAAACUGAAGAAAAAAAUGUGUCAACAGAGGAUGAUAAAGAGAAAGACCCAAAUACUGAGAAUGUAAAUAAAAAUGGGAAUGAAAAUGAAAACAAAAAUGAAAGCAAAAUUGAAAAUAUUGGAAAGGGAAAUGAAAAGGAAAUUGGAAAUGGAAAGGGAAAUGGAAAGGAAAAUGAAAAAGAAAAUGGAAAGGAAAAUGGAAAGGAAAAUGGAAAGGAAAAUGAAAAUGGAAACGAAAAUGGAAAUGAAAACGACGAGACAGAUGACAAUGUGAGCCCAAAUUGUAGCUUAAACUCUGUAGACACAAAUGACAGUACUUCAUCUGCUGGAAAGAAGAGGAGAAAUAUAUUGCGAAAACGCUUUGAAUGUGCUGCUUGUGGAAUGAAGGCUACUCAUAAGACAGACCUUGUAGAUCACAUCAGAGAGAAGCAUCCAAAUGCUCAUAUUGAAUCACUGGAUAAUGGUGAUGGGUCCAAGGUUCAUCUUAUUGUUACAGUUUCAAAGAAGAGUAUUGUAACACGACGGAUGGUUAUAACCUGCCCUUAUUGCUCUAAAGUCUUCCAUGACACUUGGAAAUAUAAAGUGCACAUGCGAUCACAUACAGGUGUUAAGCCCUUCGGGUGCAGUUUGUGCUCAUUUUUUGCUACUAGUAAAAUGACUGUUCGUGACCACAUUCAUCGCAAACACAAGAAUUGUGAGAAUCCCAAAAUUCUUUUGCGUACUGUAUGUAUUGAUGGAUCGGUAAGUCAUGUUGAGCUUAGCAUGCCACACAAGGAGUUCAAAUGUGAAUUUUGUGAAAAGGUGUUUGAAGAUAACUAUCAUUAUAAACAACACAAGAAGACUGGUCAUCAAGAUUCUCUACCAUUUUCCUGUACUGAAUGUGGUCAUAGAGAAUGGGCUCGAGCAAGCAUCAUUAUCCAUUGUAUGCAAAAGCAUAGUGAUAAAGAUCUUGAAGGACUUAUCUUGCGCAACAAUAAGCCCUUUGCUGUUGGGCCUCUCAAGCUUCCUAAGUGUCAGCAGUGUGACAAAGUUUUUCAGUACCAGUCACAGUUAUAUAUACACCAGAAGCAACACACUGGUGAACGCAGCUUCUUUUGCGAUAUCUGCAGUUAUCGCACCAAUAUUAAGGCUGCACUCGAGAGGCACAUAAUGAAGCAUCUUGAUGGUGAGCCUCCAAAGAAAUCUGCAGGCAAAAAAUCUACAAGGAAUAAGGUUAAAGAAAGUGGCCAACCGAUCGUCUUUGUUGACGUUGAUAAGAUAAACAAUGACGUUAGCGUGGGAAAAGUAAAAAAAGAGAAAAAAGAGGGUGCUAAGAGGUCCAAACCGAAAGCUUCUGCUAAAUAAGUGCCUUCCAAUAUAUAAUAAUUUGUGCCUUCAGAGGGACCAUACCUAUUGUAUUAAAAUAACAUGUCUUCCUUAAGAAUUUCCAGACUUAGGUUAUAGAUUUUAUGUAGAGCAAGUAAAUUUAGACUGGUGCUUAUAUAUUUUAAAUAAAUUGUGCUGUAUUUAUUAUACAAAUAGGCAAUAUAAAGUUUUGGCUGUUAAAAAUACUGUAUUGUUAGAUGUAGGGUUUGUUGCACGAUCUUUAAACAAGAGAUCAUUUUUAUAUUAAGUAAAUAAUUGUUCAACAUUAUGCAACUAGUUAUAUUCAGAAUGAAAAGCUCCAGUACCCAUCCAAAGAGAAGUGACUACAAAAUGAUAAAGCUACCGGUAAUUAUAGUACUUGCUUCCUCUUGAUAUUUUCUGUACUAGAUAUGCAGAAAGUAGAUAAAAGUAUUUUUCCUGUAUGUUGUGAAUUGUUUUAGAAGAGGCAAGUAAUUUUAGUUUAUUAGUGAAUAUAUUUUCACUAGCUGUGGUGUAUGACAUAUAUAUAAUGUAUGAGUAAAAUAUAUUGAGCUAGCAUAUUAUAAGUUGUAGCUAAAAUGAGUAUAAUGUUGCAUUUAAGUUGAAGCUUCAACCUGCUUAAUGCUUAAACUGUAUUAUAGAUUAUAUUUAAAUAAUCCAUUUGCUAAACCUUGUUGAAUUUAGUUUGUUGUUUCAUAACCUUUUACCAUACAGUAUACUAUUUUAGCAAAUUUAAGUAGGUAGCCUAUAUCCAUUUGUUUUUUAAUGUUAUAUCAAUAUGUAAGUUAACUGAGGUUAUGUGCAUGUAUUGUCUCCAUUUUGUUAUACUCGCACAUGACCUGUUUAGCAAGUGACGUUAGGCGGAUCACGUCUUCCCUUUCAAGGAAACUUGUGCCUUCCCGUAUGUGCCUUACUGAAGCAACUCUCAUGUAGGUGAUGAUGUGCCUUUAACAUACCAUUGUAGAUGCUCUACAUAUGAUAAUACAUAAGAGCUAGAUGAUCAAAUCGUGCUCCUAAUCCAGACAUUUGUAUAAACAAUUUAGCAUGACAAAAACAAAAUUUGUUAAGCUAAAUUAAGCCUUGGUAAUAAUAACUGUUAACAGACUUGAGUUAUUAAUUAUGGUAGUACUAUACAGUAGUAGUGAAUAUUUUGAUGUGCUUGUAAACCUUCUUGUAAUAUUUUAAGGUACUCCUGAUAGUUAUUGACCAGAAAUAUAAUUUUUGUUAAUCUGUAACAGCUUAUGUUUAGUGAUACAGUGAUAUAGUCUCCCAGGUUUGGCACCUUUUUUGAUCAUUACUUAUUGAUUAUUACGUAUUAUUGAUAAUUACUUAUAAUUGAUAUUUACUACUGAUAAUUAUUCACUAUAACAUCUAUUUGUUUAAUCAUCAUACUGAUGCCUUUAAAAGUGUAAAAGUUUUAUAAAUUUUAAUAUAAAUACAGCUUUUUUUUGUUAUUUUAUUUUGUUUAAAAAUUCCACUUUUAAAAUAUCAGUACAUUUUAUGCAAAUCUGAAUAAAUACAUUUUGACAA